UAUUUUGAAACUUUUUUCAAAAUGUUUAAAAGAAAGAAGAAACAACUUAACUUUGGCAGUAUUAGCCGAAAGAAAAAGAAAAAUAUUGACUUAGAAUUGUCAUUAUUUGGUCAAAAAUGUUACGUACAAUUAAUUGAUUUAGCGAAAAAAAUAAGUAAAUUACCGGCAUCAGAGCCUCCAGAUGGUGGUGGAGGUAAUGAAACAAAUGAAAGCACCGGUACUAAUAGCACUGAUAACAGUGACAAUGAAAAUGAUGGAGUAAAUAAUAAAAAUUCGAACAUCACAACAAGAAAAUCUCGGAAUAUAGAAUCAUUAAAUAGUAAUACAAAUUUUAUUGAUUAUAAAAAUAAAAAUGAUAGUAUAGUAAAUAAUAAUAAUAAUAAAAAUAAUAUUGAAAUAAGUAAUAUGAAUAUAACAAAUAAGGAAUAUAAUAUUGAAAAUAGUAGUAGUAGUAACAGUAGUAAUAGCAGUAGCAGUAGUAGUAGAAGUAGUAGUAGUAAUAGUAAUAAAAUUAGUAUAAAUAAAAAUAACAAUAAUAAUGAUAAUAACAAUAGUACAAAAAAUAAUACGAAUAAUAGGAAUGAUAUUAGCAUUGAUAAUCAAAAUAAUCCGAAUAAUAAAGUUAUAAGUAAUAAUGAAAAUGAAAAUAAUAACAAAAAUAAUAAUGAUAAUGAAAAUAAUAAUGAAAAUACAAAUAAUAAUAAUAAUUAUAAUAGGAGUAGUAACAGUAUUACCAACACUAUAAAUAAUAUCAAUAUUACUGCAAAUUGUAAUGAUAAAAAUGAUAACGAUAGUAAUAGUAAAUCUGACAACGGUAACAGUAGUAAGAGUAACAGUAAAAAUAAGAGUAAAGAGAAUAUUAUUAUCAAUAAUAAUAGAAAAAAUGACAGUAGUAGCCAUUUUAAUACAAGUAAUGACUUCGAUGAUACCAAUCCUAGUAGUAAUAGUAAAAAUAACGAGCAAAAUAACAGUAAUAAAGAAGAAAAAAUUGAAAAUAAAAUUCAAAAUGAAGAAAAUAAUAUAAAUCAUAGCAAAAAUAAUAAUAAAUGUAAUGAUACCAUUAAUACUGAAUACAAUAAUGCCGAAAAUAGUAAAUAUAAACAAGACGAUAGCAAUAUUAAUAGUAAUGAUAGCAAAAAUAAAUUAAUAAAUAAUAAACAAAGUAAUAAUCAAAAUAUAAACAAAAUUAAAAAUAAAUGUUUUAGUAGUAAUAUCAGUAUUAAUGAAAAUAUUAGUAAUACAAAAAAUAGCAGUGUAAAUGGUACUAAUAAAAAUAGAAGUUGUUAUAAUGAUGUCGAUGAUAAUAACAACAGUGAUAACGAUAAAGAUGGUGAUACUAAUGUAAGUAAUAAUAGUGACAGUAAAAGAAAUCAUAAUGGAGAAUUAAAGACAGUAGUUGAUACAAAUAUCAAAAGUAGCAGUAGCAAAAAUAAUGACAGUAAAAACAUUAGAAAGACUGUUGAAAUGUGUAGUAACAACAAUGAAAAAACUACUGAAAGUAAUCACCGUAAAAGCGAUAACAAUUGUAACAACCAGAGCAGUAAUAAUUUUUCUGUAAAAGAAAGUUCGACAAAAAAUGAAAGUAAAGCCGACAAAUUCAAUGACGAUGAUAACAAUAAAAAUAAUAAGUGUUAUAAUAACGAUAAUAAUAUUUAUAAUAAAAGCAAACAUAAUAAUAAAAAUAUUAAUAAUAGCCAAAGUAAUAAUACAAAUAGCAAAAAUAACAAAAAAGGUAACGACAGUUUAAAGAAAAAACAACAUAAUGAAGUUAAUUGUGAUAAUAAUAGUAAUAAUAAUAAUAGUAACAAUAAUAAUAAUAAUAAUAAUAGUAAUAAUAAUAUUAAUAAUAAUAAUAAUAAUAAUUCUAAUAAUAAUAAUAUUAAUAAUAAUAAUAACAAUAAUGGUAAAAAUAAUAACAAUAAUAAUAAAAAUAAUAUUGACGGUAAUCAAAUUAAAAGUAACAUCAAUAAUGAUAGCAAAAAUAGCAAUAGUAAUUCUCGCGACGAUAAUGAUAACAAAGGUAUGACCUAUAAUGAUAAUAAUUAUGAUCAUGAUGUCACUGACUCUAAAAAUGAUAACGGUAUUAAUUGUGAUAGUAAUAAUAAUAAAGAAUGCAAUACUAGUAGCAGUGUCAAUAUCACUAACACUAGCAGCAAUAAUAAUAAUUUGAAUAAAAUUACCGCAGGGAAAAGUUGUAAAAUAAGUAAUAUAAGCGAGGAUACUAAUACCAAUAAAAAAAAUAUUAAUACCGGUAAAAGUAACAAUGCUCAAAAUAACACCGACUCAAAUUACAACUCUAUACCAACUCAAAUUAAUAAUGAUAAUAACAUUGAUAAAAGUAAUAAAAAAGAUGAAAAAAAUGUUAAUACUAAUAAUAAUAGUAAUAAAAAUUUUAAUAGUAAUAUUAAUAAUAAAAUAACUAUUAGUAGCCAUAGUAAUAACAAUAAUAAUAGUAAUAAUAAUAAUAAAAAUAAUGAUCAUGAUAAUAAAAAUAAUAAUAAUAAUAAUAAUAAUAAUAAUAAUAAAAAUAAUAAUAAUGACGAUUUUAAUAAUAGUAACAAUAAUAUUAAAAAAAGUAAUAAUGAAAUAAAUAGCAAAAUGUUCAUUAAGGAAAACAAUAAUGAAUGUAAGGAUGAAAAAAGUAAAGAAAAUGAUAACGAUGCACAUAGUAGCAAUAUCAGUCGUAAAAGUAUAACAAAUAAUUGUGAUAACAAAAAUAAUAAUAACGAUAAUAAAACUAAUAAUAAUGAAAAUAAUAAAAACAGGAAUAAUAAUGGGAAUAAAAAUAGUGGUAAAAAUAAUAAUAAUAAUAAUAAUAAUAAUAAUAAUAAUAAUAAUAAUAAUAAUAAUAAUAAUAAUAAUAAUAAUAAUAAUAAUAAUAAUAAUAAUAAUAAUAAUAAUAAUAAUAAUAAUAAUAAUAAUAAUAAUAAUAAUAAUAAAAAUAGUAAUAAUAAUAAUAACAAUAAUAAUAAUACAAGUAAUAAUAAUAAUAGUAAUAGCAACAAUAAUAAUACUAACAAUAAUAUUAUUAAUAAUACUAAAAUCAAUGACAAUAGUUGUAAUAAUAAUAGUAAUAGUUACAGUAGAGGCAAUGGGGAUAAUAACUGCGACAGCAGUAAUGCUAAUAUUACCAUUUGUAACAACAGAAAUGAUAAUAACACUAAUAUUAAUAAAAAUAAUAAUAAUAACAACAACAAUAACAAUAAAAAUAAUAACCGUAAUAAUUACAAUGGUAAUAAUUGCACUAUCAAUAAAGGAAAUGCUGAUGAUAUGGAAGAAAAUGACAACAAAAUUAGUAAUAAAGAAUCGUCAAAAAACAGAAAUUUUAAUAAUAACAACAAUUAUAAUGAUGAACAUAAUAACCAUGCUAAUCAUACUAAUAGUAAUCAAAUUGAAAUCAACGCUAAACUAUGUAAUAGUGUCGGUAAUAUCAUUACAAAUGACAACACAAAUUAUAAAAGUAGCAGUAGCAGUAAUAUUGAAAAUAUUAAUAGUAAUAAUAAUAGUGAUCAUAAUGAUAGUAAUGGUAAUGGUAUAGAAAAUAAUGCAAAUGAUGGUAACAAUUUCAAAACUAAUAAAUCAAGUAGUGAAGAAGAUAAAAAUAGAAAUAGCAAUAACGAUAACUAUAAUGGCAGUAAUAAUCAUUUCAAUAAUCGUAGCAUGAUUAAAAAAGAUAAAACUAGUAGUGGUGUGCACAAUGUAUUUGAUAUUAAUUUUAGUAGUAACAGUUGUAGAAAUAAUAGCAACAGUAAUUACUCUUCCGAUUAUUGCCAUGAAAAUAGUGAUUGCAAUAUUAUACGUAAAGUGAAUGAUAAUAGUAAUACUAAUACUACUAUUUACAAUUAUAAUAAUAAUGAAACUAGUAAUAACAAUAGUAAUAAUAAUAAUAAUAACAAUAAUAAUGAUAAUAAUAGUAAUAAUAAUAAUAAGAUUGGUAGUUAUAAUGAUACUACUAUUAGCCAUAAUAACAAUAAUAAUAGUAAUAAUGAUAAUAGCAGUAGUUAUAGUAAUAAUAAUAAAUAUAAGAGUACUGAUGGUUGUAAUAACAACAAUAAUGAUAAUAUGGAAAAUAAUAAGAGUAUGUUUAAUAGCAAUCAUAAUAGUAUAUCUCAUAAUAAUAGUAACAAUAUUAAUAAUGGUGGUAACCAUGAUAGAAUUAUUAAUAAUAUUGGAAUAAAAUCGUUAGAAUUAAGUAGAAAGGAUAAAAAUGAUAAAAUUACCACAACGACCACGAGAACAGCAAUCGUAACAGGAUCUGCAUCGUUCCUAACCGAUAAACCAGUGAAAAAGAAAACUGUUACUUUCAAAAAUAUUCUCGAAACAAGUGAUGAUACAUGUGCCGUUAAAAAAGUUUAUAAUCCCGAUAAUGCGCCUUUAGUUCCAAUUAUUAAACGUGAAUGUUUAAGUCGUUCAAUUCGAUCAGUUCGUAGUGAUUGCAUUGUCCGACCAUCACGUUUAACACAAAUUUUAAAAAAUAAUGGAAAUAAUAUUGAUAAAUUAAAUUCACUUAAAUUUAAAUCAGCUUCAUCGAAAUUAGCGGAUUCAUCAUCAUCACUCACAUCAACAUCAAAUAUUAUUAAUAAUAGUGGUAAUAGUAAUGAAAAAUCAUCAAUAUCAAAUUCAUCAGAAUCUUUUAAUGAGAAAAGUGAUAUAUUAAUUAAUAGUAAUAAUUUUAAAAAUGAUAAUUUAAAUGUAUCAAUAAAUGAUAACAAAAAGGAUAAAAGUGAUAAUAGUAAUAGUACGGUAGCACCAAUAUUAGAACCAUCAACGAGGCUCGAAAAUAUAAUUGUUGACGGUGAUAAAAGGUUUGUCUUGCCAAAAAGAAGCAAUAAUUCAUGUCGUGUUAUAAAACCCAAUAAACGUUUUCUUGAUGACAAUGUUGUGUACGAUGCAACUGGUAAAUACCAUUCAAAGCAACAUCAACAGAGUCAACAACACUCACAAUACCAGCAACAAAAACAACUGCAUCAUAAACAAUUACAGUAUAGAAAGCAACAGCAUCAAGAUGGACCACAAAAAUCAUUGCAAAAGUUUAAAAAUCAACACCACCUUAAACAAGGAGAACAAAGGGAUAUAAGAGCAGAACAAGAACAGGAUUUUCAUCAGGAUCAACAACAAUUGUCAAAACAAGAAUAUCAACAAAAUCAAGAACAUCUUAAAAAACGUCAAGAGCAACAUCAACACAAGCAUCAACAAUAUUUAGGGGAACAACGAGAAUUAGAAGAACAAAACCAGAAUCAACAACAAGAGCGAACUGAUUCUGAAGAAGAGGAAGAAGAAGAACAAGAAGAAGAAGAAGACGAAGAGAAAGAAGAAGAAGAAGACGAAGAACUGAUUCAAAUACAUAGACAAAGACAUACUGUAUUGUCAACGAAAUCUGAGAUCAAUUCAACUUUAGAAUCAAAUAAUGCACAGUACAUUAAUAAUAAUUAUAAAGAUGAAGAAUUUAAUGACUCAAAUGAUGAUGAUGACAGUAGUGAAGAAGAUAAUGAGGAUGAACAUAAUAAUUGUAAUGACGAUUUUAUAGAAAAUAAAAAUCAAGAAUAUCAAAAAUCGACGGGGUCUAAAUUAACGAGGAGCAUAUUAAAAUUCAAUAGGAAAAAAUUAUUAAACAGUAAUGACGAUGAUGAAAUUAGCAUCGAGUCAACGGAAAAUCAACAAAAUAAACCAGAUGGCUUUACUACAAGAACAUCAUUGGAAGAUAUCAAAUUAAAUCCAUUUGUUCUAUCUGGAUCAAAUAAUUCGGCAUUACUUAAAAAUUCAAAUCAAUUUCUUUUCAAUACUAUGUCAUCAUCGAAAGGUAUAUUAAGGCAACCAAGAUUACAAUUUUCUGAAACACCAAAUCCAAUAAAAGAACAAAAAAAAUUAUUAAGUAAUAGUAGUGGCUUUUCUACAAGUUUAUCUGGAACCAUGGGGGCAUUCCAACAGAAUUGUAACAAUACAAACUGUGGUGUUUGUCUUACACCAAUUAGUUCAAAAAAUCUAGCAGAUUCUACAAAAUAUGGUAUUCAAUGUUGUGAUAUUUGUAGAAAAUUUAUAUCGAAAAUUACAAAAAAAUCUAUAACUUCAAUUGGAGCUAGCCCGAAUAUACUACAAUGUAAUCGGGGCGAUGGUUCAUGUAUCGUGACUCCUUUGUUAAAAGCAAGUCUAAAAAAUUUUAAGAAAACCUAUAAAGAACGUUGUUCAGCAUGUUGGCUAAAAAAAUGCAUCAAAAAUUGCCAUUUUUCUUCUGGACAUAAAAAUCGCCUGAAAUCGGUAUUGCCUCCAUCAUUUGUAGAUGAUGUUAACAAUAGUGAUAAGAAAUCAGCUAUAAAUGUAAAUAAACCUAAGGAGUUAAACGUAUCAAAUAGUGCAUUUAGUAAUGUAAAUAUUGAUGGUAAUGUCAAAAAAUUGUUGGAUAAAUUUAAGAAUAGUAAGACGUCAUCAAAUUUAUUCACAAAUACUGCAAACACAAAAUUAAUACAUUGGAAUUCUAAUUCAGCUGAUCACCUUUUUGAUAACAAUGUAAAUCAUAAUUGUAAUAAUAAUAGUAGCAAUGGUAAUAAUAAUUAUCGUAAUAAUCAGAUCCUCACAUCAAAUACAACGGGAAUUGAUGAUAUAAAAUCAUUAUCCACUACACCGUUGCCAUCAUCUAUUACACUAAAUGAAAAUACAGCAUCCAAAACUGCAACAAUUUCAAAUACGUUAGUUGAAAACAAUACCAAAUAUGUCAAUUCAUCUAAACUUAAACCAACAGUAUUAGAAAAAGGAGCAACUAUAGUUGAAAUAAGUAACAAACAUGAGGAAGUUCAAAUAAAUCUUGAAAGUAAAACAAUAAAAACAUCAGAAAAUAGCUCGAACACAUCAGAAACAAAUAAAUUAUUAACGGAACUUGAAAGCAGUACAAAAGUUAAACUUAGGAAAAAAGAUAAAAGUGCUGAAUUACAAAGCUCAUCAAACACUUCUCCAAGUCAAAAUUCAGUGGCUUCCGCAGCAACUAUAACAGCUUUAGAACCGAAAAGACAAAGGAUUGAUUUAAAAGGGCCACGAGUAAAACAUGUCUGCCGCAGUGCUUCAAUAGUUUUGGGGCAAACAUUAGCAACCUUUCCAGAGGAUGCAGGAUCAAUUCUUGAAAAUAUGGAAACACCACCAAGACCCGAAUCUCCCAACAACGCUGAAGUUGAGUUGCCUAAUGAUAUAAGAGACAACUGCUCAUCAUGUAAUCAUCCGAAUCAACAAGAUUUGGGGUUAAGUCCACCUGCAACUCCAACUGAAUUAGAGCAGAAAAUCGAAGAAAAUGUUAAUAAAAUCUCAGAAAGCAAUUCAACAUCAAAUAACGUGAGAGACAACCUUUUAAUUGAUGAUACAGUUACCUGUGAUAUUAUUGAUGAUCAAACUAUUGAUUCAAGAAAUGACGAUGUCAAAACUUUUGGUAACAUUAAAGCAAAAUCAGAAAGUUCUAUACCAGACCACGAUGAUUUUAAUGUCGAACCGUCAGAAAAUUCGCAAGAAUUUUGUGGUGAUUCAUUGGAAAAUGCUUUAAUAAAAAGCGAAUCUACAAUGAAUGCUGAUGAAUUUAGCUGUGAAGGUGAAUCAACAACUGAAAUGUCCAAUUAUUGUGAUAAAGAGUAUUCUAAUGAAAAUUAUAUUGCAAGGCAUGACAAAAAAGUCAAACUGGAAGAAAUUUCUAAAGCUACUAAAAGAAAGUUACCACGUCAGGGAAAUAAUCAAAAUUAUUAUCAAUCUCAACAUACAAAUGCAAUUAUUCCAUUCGCUUCUUUAGGUCAAAAGAAUCUGAAUGCAUUUUCCAAAAAGCUUACCCUCUGUAAAGAGCUCAAUGAUAUUAAAGAAGAGUUGCAUAAUAUUAUUCGAAUUUCCAUAGAUUUUUGGGAAAACUAUGACCCAGCUGAAGUCAGUCAAAAUGGUUUUGGUAUUAUAGUUACAGAAAAGGUACCAAUGAGAGCUUUAUGUUUUUUAUGUGGCAGUAGUGGUUUAGAUGGUAUGGUAUUUUGUGCAUGUUGCUGUGAACCAUAUCAUCAAUAUUGUGUUGCUGACGAGUAUAAUUUUAAACAUUCCUCUUUAGAUGAAACAAUGACUAAUCUAUUAGAUACAUCAAUAAAUCCUAUUGAAAAUAUGAACUUGAUUACAAAUCGUUUAAAUUGGCUAUGCCCGAGAUGUACGGUAUGUUAUACAUGCAAUAUGACAUCUGGUUCUAAAGUAAAAUGCCAAAAAUGUCAAAAAUAUUAUCAUACAACUUGUUUAGGAACAAGUAAAAGAUUACUUGGGGCUGAUCGACCACUUAUAUGUGCUGGUUGUUUAAAAUGCAAAAGUUGUAGUACGACAAAAGUUUCAAAAUUUGUUGGUAAUUUACCAAUGUGCUCCCAGUGCUUUAAAUUGCGUAAGAAAGGUAAUUAUUGUCCCAUCUGUCAAAAAUGCUACGAGGAAAAUGAUUUUGAUCUGAAAAUGAUGGAAUGUGGCGAUUGCCAAAGAUGGGUUCAUGCAAGAUGUGAAGGUCUCUCCGAUGAACAGUAUAACUUGCUAAGUACGUUACCUGAAAAUAUUGAAUUUGUGUGUAAGAAAUGUACAUUCAAAUGCAACGAUAAUAAAAAAUCGGAAUGGCGUGAAGCUGUUGCUGCAGAAUUCAAGUCAGGGCUAUUGAGUGUUGUAAAAUUAUUAAGUAAAAGUAGGCAAGCAUGUGCUUUGUUAAAGUUAAGCCCUAGGAAAAAGUGCUCAUUUACUUGUGUUUGUCAAAAUCAAAGUGCAGUAAGAAAUUUGCUUUUUAAUAAGAAUGCAAUUCAAAAUAGUCUACGAAAUAUCAUGAACAAGGAAAAUGAAGAUAAUUCACAAUGCAGUGAGGAUAUCCAAAAUGAUAUUUAUGAGUUUACAGAAUCACCUGAUUCACCAAUAUCCAACGGUGCAUCUUAUGCUACAAAGUGUGUGUGUCCAGCUAGCAGAAUGAAAAUUUCUCCAACAUUAAGUUUGGUAGAUAUCAAAAAUAAAAUAAAUUCUUGUAAUUAUAUUUCUUUGGCUGAAUUUAACUUCGACAUGGAAAAUGUUAUAACGUCGUCCAAUUGUGAUGAAUUAAUGCUAACUUAUAAGGAAAUACUCAGCGAAACAUUUCCUUGGUUCCAAAAUGAAACGAAAGCCUGUACAGAUGCGCUAGAGGAAGAUAUGUUUGAUGCAUGUAAUUUUUCUCAACAUUCCGAAGAUUGUUUAGAUGGAAUUGGUACCGAAAAUGGAAUGAAUUCAGAUCAACAAACUUCUGAAAUAAAUUUGCCAGAAGAUGUUGACGACUGCAUUUACUCACAAAAUUUAGAAAACGAUUUUAGAAUGUGUAUGUUUUGUAAGGGAACAGGUGAAUCAGAAUCAGAUAAGGAAUCAAGACUUUUAUAUUGUGGUCAUAAUUCCUGGGUGCAUAUAAAUUGUGCAAUGUGGUCAGCAGAAGUUUUUGAAGAAAUCGAUGGUUCUUUGCAGAAUGUGCAUAGCGCAAUAUCUAGAGGAAGAAUGAUUAAAUGUAGUGUUUGCGGAAACCGUGGAGCUACAGUUGGGUGCAAUGUUAAAAGUUGUGGAGAACAUUAUCAUUUUCCGUGUGCAAGAAAAACAGAAUGUGCUUUUAUGACGGAUAAAACAAUAUAUUGUCCUGAACAUUUAGAAUUUGUUAGCAAGAAAAAAUGCGAUUAUGAACACAAUUUCGAAGUUAAUCGUCCAGUUUACGUAGAGCUCGAUAGAAAAAAGAAAAAAAUGGUGGAACCAUCAAAAGUGAAUUUCUUAAUUGGUUCAUUGCACGUCAAAAAUUUAGGCCGUGUUUUUCCUAAGUUUUCCGACACUAAUGAAGCUAUAGUUCCAGUUGAUUUUCACUGUACAAGAUUGUACUGGUCAAUGAAAGAACCUUGGAAAAUUGUACAGUACACAAUCAAGACUUCAAUACAGAGUAAUUAUUUUCAAUUAGGUGCGAAUGGCGAUAUAAACCGUAAUUUUACUGUUGAUCACACGAGUAAUUUAAAUGUUGUGCAAUUCGGACUGUCGCAAAUUGCUAGAUGGCAUAAUAGUUUGUUACAAAAUGCCGAUGAUGCAGAUAGAUCUGUUGUUAAACAGUUUCUUGAAGCAGUUGGACAAAAUUUAUAUUCUGCAGACGAGACUACAACUGAAGAAGAGCCACAAAAUAACGCAGAUUUAUUGCCACCUGAAAUUAAAGAUGCAAUAUUUGAAGAUUUACCGCAUGAGCUUUUGGAUGGUAUUUCAAUGCUUGAUAUAUUUCCGAAAUUAAUGGUUUACGAAGAUCUUCACACAGUGGAUUUUAAGCCUGAAAGUUUGCCUCCUAACGACUUAUCACGGGACAAUAAUAAUGAAAAUACUUCAGAUGCUGAUCGAGAUUGCAAUAAUCCCAGUAAAGAUCUAGGCGAAAGUUCCUGGUCAAUAGGUCAAGGUGGUAUUAAUCAUGUAGAAGAUGCACUUUUGUCAGCUGUAAGACCGAUCGGCAGUGUCGUAGGAAGGGAUAUAAAACGCAACAAAACUGAAAUAUUAGGUCGAAAUGCAUCUAGAAGUCAGCAUCGUCCAUCAAGUUUUGCAUGGAGUUGUAAAUUAGAUAACAAUUCAAUUAAAAGGCGAAAACUGUCAAAAGGGUUCCAAGAUAUAAGACUACCUGAAGGAGUUUUAUUGUCACUUGGAAGACGUAAGGAGGAAUGCCCAACCAGACGUGGAUCUCAAGCAGAAGAUACAAAUAAACUAAAAACUUUUACAUGGAGUGCAGCAAAAAAAUACUGUCAAGAAACAUUGUUGUCUGGUCUUGCCAAUACUAAGACUCAAACAACAACCGAAAAAUUUAAGAUCUCUCAGUUAGAUGGAAUGGAUGAUCUUAUAGCAAAUGAGGAAAGCUCAACGCCUGAGUUUAGAAUAUAUGAUCCAAAUUCAAUUGGGUGCCCAGUAAAAUGUGACCGGUGCCAAUGCACUUAUAGAACACACGAAUCUUUUCAGCGUCAUUUGGCUCAAUGUGAACCGUUAUCUACUAGUGAAAGCGAAUCUGAAACCGCUCGUACUCCAGAAUCCGAUUCUUCUAUACAACAAAAUAUUCUUUUGGAUUUUAAUAAAAGUUCACAUCAAGCCACAUCUGGUACCUUCAUUCAAAACUUAAGCCAGACAUUUCCUAUUCAAAAUAACACAGCUAAUAAUAUUUUAGGACGACCUAAUACUACUAAUGUUCAAAUAACUCCUCUGCGUGGUCAACCAAAUAUACAAAUACAAAAUAACACAGUACCAAUUGCUCAAAUAAACCAAUCAAAUAUUCCUAAUAUAUUCUUGAAUGCACAACAAUCACAACCUGGUAUAAGUCAAACUAGCCAACCUAGUGGGUUGAACCAGCAGUUCAUUUCAUCUAUUCAAAAUUUGGGUCAAUUUCAAAAUAGUAACAACAACAUUCCAACGAUACAAAUGUCUCUAGAUAGUAAUGGGCAACAAAUUUUCACAAUCGCUACAAAUCAACAACAACAACAGCAAAAUAUUCAAACGCAAAACGUUUCACACGCUAAUGUUGUUGCCUCGAACAUUAUAAAUUUGGAAAAACCAACAAAAAAACCAAAAUUAAGUCCCAGACCUGCUCAAUUUACGACAAAAGCAAAAUCUCAAAAAACAGUGGUUUCCCCGAAAUUAAAGAAAAUUUCGCCGCAGCAGGCAUCAGCAGCAACUAUUCAAAAUGUUGGCCAAAAUCAGAUUCCAAUAUUUAGAAAUCAAACGCAAAAUGAUUCACAAAAACCUAUAAUAAUACAGCAAAGUGCCCAAAAUCCCAAUACGCAACCAAUAAUACUCCAACAAGUUGCAAACACAGCGCCUCAAAAUAUUGUUACAUACAUUGAUAAUAACAAUCAGAUCCAGUAUUUGGCUAUGCCAACAGCAACACCCGAUUUUAAACAACCACAACAAUCAUUUAUAACAACUAAUCCUUUAGGAAAUGCGUUUCUACAGACAGAUUCAAGUGGAAAUCUUGUUUUGACUAAUGGUUCCUCAGGACUUCAAAUGAUUUCAACUACCCCUACACUACAGUUAGCUCAACAACAACCUCAACCCCAAGUUAUUGGAACACUGAUCCAACCUACACAAUGCGGUGUAAUGUCGGCUGAUCAAAUGGUCCUGGGAGCGACUCCUGGAAGUUCAGCUACUCUGGAUGUUAUUGGCAAUCCCACAAUGCUAUUAACUACGACAGGAACUCAACCGAUGUACUAUGGUUUAGAGACCAUAGUACAAAAUACAGUAAUGUCUUCGCAGCAGUUUGUGUCAACUGCUAUGCCAGGAGUUCUCAGUCAAAAUUCCAGCUUUUCUGCAACGACUACACAGGUAUUCCAAGCAAGUAAAAUUGAGCCAAUUGUGGAAGUGCCCGGAGGUUACGUUGUUUUGAAUAAUGUAGACAUGAUUCAACAGCCAGCGAAUCAACAAGCUAAUGCAAUAUCAACCAAUUUAAUACAACAACCUACAAUUGUACAGCAAAUACAACCACAGCAAUUACAUACGCCUCAGACAGUUCAGCAAGUAUAUAAUGUUCAACAGCCAAAUCAACCGGCGACCAUAAUUCAAAAUCAACAGCCCCAACAAUCAAGUACCACGCAAACUAUAACAAUUACUCAACCAAUUCGUCAACAAAUUUCUAUAAAUACGAUUCAACCACAAAUAAGACCAGCUUCUCCUGUGAAACCCACUGCUAAGACUUCACCUUUAAUUGUUAAAAAAAUUCAACCGCACAUAGUAAAUCAAAUUACAAAUUUGAGCUCUCAACAAUUACAGCAACCCCAAAAUUUAAAUACUCAAAUGGUUAAUACUACUUCUGGAUUAAUCCCAACUAAUAUAGCAGCCAUGGAUUCAAUAGCUCCAAUAAUUAUAACCACUUCUAAUGUUGAUACAAAUAACACAACUAGACAGGUUAAAACUAUUAACACAACGAGUCAGCAGAUAUUGAAACCAAAAUUGACUACUUCAACAUCUAAUCAGACUGUUCAGCGAAAGGCAAAUUUGAUUAAACCAUUGAACAAAGUUGCGUCAGCAUCCAUAAAACCAAAAGUGGUUGCUAAACCAGUGUCUCCCAAAGUUGUUGUGAAAACAAUGCCAACUACACCACAAUUAAUUGCUCCAAAACCAAGCCCAGCUCAUUUUAAAAAUUUAUCUUCUAAUCCAAUAGAAAAUAAAAUAGAAAUAAAUUUGGUGACUACCCCAGAUGGAAGUCAAACACUAAGUGAUUUAAAUGUACACUCCAAUUUGCAAAGUGUAAACAAAAAUGUUGAAGACUAUAUCAAGGCUCAAAAUAAUUGCACUUCAGUUACUGAAAUUCCAGCAACAAUUUUAACUUUCGCGUCUGAUACCCCCACAUUAGCUAAUAAUAUUGCUAAUAGUAACAAUAAUUUAGCUUCGCAAUGCUAUGAAAUUAAUAGCCAAACCAACAGUUCCUUGGGAUUUCCACAAAAUAAUUUGUUAUAUGCUGCUAACAAUAAUAGUAACAACAAUAGUGAUAAUAAUAUUUGUAAUAGUAAUAGUAAUAAUAAUAUUAAUAACAAUAAUAAUAGUAAUAACAGUAAUAAUAGUAAUAAUAAUAUUAAUAAUAAUAAUAUUAAUAAUAAUAAUAUUAAUAUUAAUAAUAAUUUAAGUAAUUGUAAUAUAAAUAAUAAUAUUAAUAAUUGUAAUAAUAAUAUUAAUAAUAUCAGUAUCAUGAAUAAUAAUAGCAUUAAUAAUAUCAAUCAUAGUAUUAGUAAUAUUAAUGCUAACUCUAAUAAUCACAAUAGUUUUAAUAAUAAUAUCACCAGUAAUGAUAAUAUGAACAAUAGUAAUAAUAGCAAUAAUAUGGAUAUUAAUAGCAAUAAUAAUAUCGAAAAUAAUAUUAUCAGUAAUGAUGUUAUUGUCAAUAAUAUUAAUAAUCAGAAUAAUAAUAACAACAGUAAUAUUAAUAUCAACAAUAAUAUCAACAAUAAUAUCAAUAAUAAUAUUAGUACCAACAAUAUGAAUAAUAAUAUUAUUAAUAACAACAUUAUUCAUAAUAACAACAAUAACAACAAUAUUGGCAAUAAUAUUUAUAGUAAUAAUGUCAAUAAUAUAAUUAAUAACAUGAGUAAUCACAAUGUAAUUUGUAAUAAUGACAAUAUUAACAGCAAUAAUAUGAAUAAUAUCAAUAGCAACAGCAAUAAUAAUCAAAAUCAUAAUAGCAUUAAUAGUGGUAAUGUUAUUAACAACAUCAAUAGUCAUAACAAUAAUGUUUUGCCAAUUCCAACUCCACAACUAAGCUCGUCUAUGCAGUCAGCUCAAACAAUAAGUUUGCCGACUACAACAAGUAUUCAAUUACCGUCAGCGCCAUUUGUAUCCUCAUUCAGCAACAAUAUUCCAACAAAUAUCGUGAAUCCUAUUCCACACGUUCCUUCAAAUAAUCAAAUAGUAUCCAGACCAACAAAUCGAGUUUUGCCCAUGCAAACUAUGUUACAGAAGAACACUAUUGCGGUGCCAAUUCCUUCGCCAACGGAGCAGAAAAUAAUCAAAAACGACAAUAUCAUUCUGGAAAAAGAAACGUUCCUAAAUCAAGAGAAAAGUUUUAAAGAUCCUAUUGAAGAAUUUCGGGGCAAUCCAGAAAUUAAUAAUGAAUUUCAAUUAAUCGAAAAAACUAAUUUCGAAAAUGAUAUCGUCGAUAACGAUAAUGCAUUGGAAACCGAUAUUUUUAUGGAAAAUGCUGAGUCCAGAGAUAAAGAUGACCAAAAAACUAUGGAAAAACCUGAUUUAACAUUGGAAAAUAGUACAGAAAAUGAUGAAUUCGACUUUAUAUCCCGAAUCGAAAUGGAAAAUGCUGAACAAAGUCCAAAAAGUUGUAAUGAUGUUAACGAUGAUAUAUCUCAAAGCACUGCUCCAGAAGAAGUCAAAGAAAAAAUUUCUGAAAUACUUGAAAAUUUAGAAAAUGAUGACUGUAAAGGAUCACCAAAUAUGAGUGAAAAUUUUGAAGAAGACGAAAUUAUUGACGAAGAAGCAGUUGCUGUAGAAGAAAAUAAAUCAUUCGUUACUGAUCAAAAAGAGAAUAUAACACCAAAUAUUAUUCCACAAUCCAUUUCAACAGAAACCUAUCAAGUUGCAAAUAAUUUAGCAAAAUCAAUUGAUCCACAAAAUUAUCAAAAGGGUCCAAAAAUUUUAUAUGAAAUACAAAGUGAAGAUGGCUUUGUUUAUAAAUCAACAUCAAUUAUAGAUGUUUGGGAAAAAGUUUUUGAAGCAGUACAAAUGGCAAGAAAAGCUCAUGGUUUAGCACCACUUCCUGAAGGUCCAGUAGCAGAUAUGUGUGGCAUACAAAUGCUUGGAUUAAAAACAAAUGCUUUAAGAUAUUUAAUUGAACAAUUGCCUGGUGUUGAACGAUGUACCAAAUACACAACAAAAUAUCAUAAACGUGAAUUUACUGCUACAGAUUAUUCAUCUGAAUGUGAAGAAUUCAAAGAAAGCUUAUAUGGGUCAGCAAGAUGUGAACCAUUUAUCAAACGAUCCGAUUAUGAUAUGUUUGGUUGGCUGGCGUCACGUCAUCGAAAGCAACCUGCGCAAGUAGUUGUUCAACCAACAGAUAUUGAGUGCAUUCAAAGGCGUGGUACUGGUAGUAAUUUGCCAAUGGCUAUGAAAUACAGGACUUUGAAAGAAACUUACAAAGAUUAUAUAGGAGUUUUCCGAUCGCAUAUUCAUGGUAGAGGACUUUAUUGCACAAAAGAUAUUGAGGCCGGUGAAAUGGUUAUAGAAUAUGCUGGGGAACUAAUACGGUCAACAUUGACCGACAAAAGGGAACGAUAUUAUGAUAGUAAAGGUAUUGGAUGUUAUAUGUUCAAAAUCGAUGAUAAUUUAGUUGUGGAUGCGACAAUGAGAGGAAAUGCUGCACGUUUCAUAAAUCAUUCCUGCGAGCCAAAUUGCUAUUCAAAAGUUGUUGAUAUUCUUGGUCAUAAACAUAUUAUAAUAUUCGCAUUAAGACGAAUUGUACAAGGUGAGGAGCUAACGUAUGACUACAAAUUCCCAUUUGAGGAUGUUAAAAUCCCAUGCUCUUGUGGAUCGAAAAAAUGUCGAAAAUAUUUAAACUAAAAUUCUAUCAAAAUUUAUAUUAUAUUAACUAAAAUUAAAUAACACUAUAUUAAGAAAAAAAAAAAUUAUUUAUAGGCAUGAUGUAUUUUAUUUUUUAAACAGUAUUUAUUUGAUUCUUUAAUUAAGUUUAAAAAAAAUAUUUGAUAAAAAAAAAUUGUAAAAGAAUAGAAAAACUAAAAAUAUAAAAAAAAAAUGGUAAUAUGAAGCAAGAAAGAAAAUAAAAAUAUGUUAAAUAGUGUGUUAUAUUUUGAAAUGUAAAAGUGCUAAUUACUAAAUUUAGUAAUAAAUUUUUUGUAAAUACUUUAUCAAAUUUAAUGAAAAAAAAAUCAUCAAAUAUAAAAAAUAAUAAAAAAAAAAGAAGAAAUGUAAUAAAUUAACAAGUAUUAUUCGUAAUUUUUUUGUGUAAAAUAAAUUUUUUUUUUGUUUUUGAAUUUAAAACUACAUACUUAUAAUUAUUAGUAAUGAGAUGAAAAAAUUUAACUAAGAAAUAUUUUUUCUAAUAAUUUUAAUAAAUUGGUAAUUUGUAAUAAUUAAUUAUACAUUCGUAUAUAAAAAAAAAUAUAUAUAAAAAUCUGGUUAGGAAAAAUUGUAAUAUUUCUUAAAAAUUAUAAAUAAUGAAAGCUUGGUGCCCCAAAUGUUUCCAAUUUUUAUUUUAAAUAAAAUUUAAAAUUAUUUUGAAAAUAAAGAAAUAAUUUUAAAAAUCUUUAUUUUUCUUUUUUUAUUAAGUGUAACACAGAUUCGAUUGUAAUUUUAACAGAAAAAAAAAAAAACAAUUUGCAUAAUUUAUUUAUUUUGAUUUAUAUUUUUGUAAUUGUGUAUAUUAAGGCUUAUAUAAAUAUAUAAAUAUUUUUUUUUUUUAGAUUUUAAGUAAUUAUUAAAUUAAUGUUUUAAAAUAUAAAUUUGAAAAAUUCACUCACUAUUUUUACAAUAUUAUUUGUACUUAUUGUAGUUAUAUAUACUUUUGUUCUACACACAUAUCGUUAUAAAUAUUUUUUAAUUUUUAAGUUAAAGCGUACAUAUUAUUUUUUUUGUAGCGUUGUAAUUAAAAUAUUCAAAUAAUUAUGAUUAAAAAAAAAAAAAGAAAAAUUAAUAAAAAUAAAAUAAAAGUAAUAUUUUCAUUACACACAAAUAAAAUUACUUCUUAAUAAUUUUAUUUCUUUUCCCUAUAAAAGAAAACACUAAUUUUCAAGUGUAAUUGAAGUUAAAUAUUUUCUUGUUUAAUAAGAUUGUGUAAAAAAAUAUAUAUAAAUUGUAUUUUUUAUUGUGAAUUUUAAUUUUUACUGAUAGGAAGUUUUUUCUUGUUAGAAAUUCAUAAAUUUUUAAAUUUUUUUGAAAAACCGUAAAUAAAUAACAUUUAUAAGAUUUUUCGUAGUUUAUUUUUAAAUUAUUCACUAAAAUAUUUUAAAAUUUUUACGUAUUUAGAAUGAUUAUUUUAACAUUUCACCUUGAGUACCAUAAUGAAUAAGUUAAAUCAGAUUUCUGAUUUUAUAUAAAAUUCUAAUUCGGUUUUUUUUUUGUUAAUUUAUUAUUUGAGAUUGUAAAAACUACGGCAAAUGAUGAAUAUUUAAUUACAUUAUGUAUAGCGUAUUUAUUAAUAAAAAAAUUAUUUUUCAAGUGAAUUAUUUUUAAUAAUUAAUAUUAUUUGUGAAUAAUUCAAGAAGCAAAACUUCCAAUCUUUUAAUCAAUUAAUUUUACCUUUUGGUAAUGGUAAAUAAAUUUUUUCGGCUCUAUUAAAAAAAAAUAUAAUAUUUCAAAGUUUAAAAGUAACUUUCUAUAUUCAAUUUACACAGUUAGAAAAUUUUUAUUUAAUUUAAAUUUCAUAAUGAAAUUUAAAAACAAAAAAGCAAUUAUAUUAUCAAUGGUUUUAAUAUUUGCAGUGUAUGAAAUUUUAUUCUUAUUAUAUAAUUAUUAUAUAAUUUUGUUUCUUUGUUGUUAAAAGUACUCUUCCGUUCUAUAUGUUAUUUACUCAAGGCUUUUCUUUUUUUUAAUAUUAAUCAUAAAAACUCCUAUAAUUAUAUUUCACACAUUUAAUAAUUAUUAUAUUAAAGAAGUUGAAAAAAAUACCGUGUAAUUACUUAUUCCUAGUUAAUAAUUUAGUUGUAAAAUUAAGAAUAAAAUCUUUUUUUUUUCAUUAUAUGAAUAUAAUAUUGAAAUAAUUACAAAAAUAAAAAAACAAAAAUAAAAUGCAGGCACUAAAGUAUAUCAUCCCCAAAAAUACUCUUCAAUAAAAAGAAAAAACGAAAAAAAAAAAAAAACAAUAUAAAUAAAAAGGCUAAGUUCUUUUACUAAAACAAUAUUGUAUUUGUAUUAUAUUUGAAAUUCACAAGGAUAAUUUUAUAUAAAUAAAAUUAUUAUUCAUAAUUUUAAAGGAUGUAAUAAUUUUUCUUUUAUUUCUCUAACAUUUAAAAAGUAAAAUGUAUUAAGAAAAGUCCUUAUUCAAAUUUUAAAAAAUACAAAAUAUUAUUCUUGCCAUUACCUGUCUUGAAAAUAUAUAAAAAAAUUACUUAAAAAAUUACAAAAAAAAAAAAUAUACAUACAUAUAUUAAA